AUGUUAAACCUCCUCCGUCGCAAAAACAUUCCCAUCACUUCCACUUUCUCUUCCCUCCAUUCCUCUUCAAACUCAAACACAAACACAAACACCAUCCUCCAAAUUCUAACAAACCCCAAAAACAACACCAACAUCACAAAAGCCACAUCCCUCACCAGACAACACCUUCAAAACUCAAAUAAACCCACUAACACAUGUUUCUCUCUUUUCCACGCGCUCAAUUCCAACCCCGCCACCACGCCCCGCUCAUUUGAAGUUCUCAUACUCUCACUCUGCCAACUAUCUCUCGUCCAAGAAGCCCUUUGGGUUUUCAACACCCUUAACCCUAAUUUACCUCCCUUACGCGCCUGCAACGCGCUUCUUUAUUCGUUAGUCAAGACGAAGAAGUUUGAUUCCGUGUGGGAGAUCUUUAAUAACAUGAUGUCGCGCGGGUUUUCACCUACUGUCAUCACGUAUGGGAUUCUAUUGAACUGUUGCUGCUACCAGGGUGAUUUCAGCAAUGCCUGCAAGGUGUUUGAUGAAAUGAUUCAAAGAAGAAUUGAACCCAAUGUGGUGAUUUACACUAUUCUCAUUCGUGUUUUUUGUAAUGAGGCUGAAAUGGGAGAAGCGGAGAGGAUUUUUAAGUUGAUGAGAGAAACUAGGGUGGAUCCUAAUUUGUAUACUUAUGUUACUCUCAUUGAUGGGUAUUGCAAAGUGGGUAAUGUUAAACGUGUUUUUGAAUUGUAUAGUGAUAUGCUAUGGCAUGGUUUGCAUCCUGAUGUUGUGACUUUUGCGAAUUUGGUGGAUGUUUUGUGCAAGGCGGGUGAUUUGAAGGCUGCACGAAGCUGCUUUGUUUAUAUGGAUAAGUUUGGUGUGUUUCCUAAUUCGCAUGUGUAUAAUUGUUUGAUUGAUGGUUACUGUAAGGCAGGGGAUUUGGUUGAAGCAAUGCGAUUGCGAGAUGAAAUGAAACGGAAUGGAGUUUUCUGGGAUGUUUUUACGUGCAGUAUACUUGUUAAGGGUUUAUCCGACUCGGGUAAGUUUGAAGAAUCUAAGGAUUUGAUGGAGGAGAUGGGAAAAGCAGGGGUUUUUGCUAAUGCUGUGACUUACAAUGUGUUGAUUGAUGGAUACUGCAAAAUGGGGGAUAUGGUAAAGGCUAUUGAGGUGUGUUCACAAAUGACUGCGAGGAAGGUAGAACCCAAUGAGAUCACGUUUUCUACUUUGAUUGAUGGGUUUUGCAAGAAUGGUAACAUAAAAGCUGCUAUGGGGUUAUAUACAGAAAUGGUUAUCAAAGGUCUUAAACCUGAUGUGGUGACAUACACGACAUUGAUCGAUGGACAUUGCGAGGAUGGGAACAACAAAGUGGCUUUUGAACUGCAUAAGGAGAUGCUGAACGCAGGACUAAAGCCAAAUGUGGUCACAAUUACUUCUUUGAUUAACGGCCUUUUGAAUGAUGGAAGGACCUACGCUGCAAUCAGACUUUUCUUGGAGAAAACUGGAGUUGGUUUCCCUGGAGGUAAAAUGGAUCGUAGCGGGUUGUGUUCUCCGAAUGAUGUUAUGUAUGCUGUUUUAAUUCAAGGUUUAUGUAAAGAUGGACAUAUUUUCAAGGCCACCAAGUUUUUCAAAGAAAUGAGAUGUAGCGGUUUCAAACCAGACCUGGUUCUUUAUGUUAUCAUGUUGGAGGCACAUUUUCGAUUCAAGCACGUGGUUGAUGCAAUGAUGUUGCAUGCAGACAUCCUGAAGAUGGGUGUUCUGAGAAAUACUUCCAUAUGUCGUGUAUUGUCUACAGGCUAUAGAGAAUUGAGAUUUGAAACCAGCUCGAAUGUGUUCUGA